UCGCAACACGUGUGCUGAUUGGCUCUCGCGCCUGUCAAUCAAGCUUAUCCAAGGUUGGUUGUGAUGCAAUGAUUGUUGAUGUCCUGUCAAAAGUCCCCGAUCUGCUGAGUCUGAACACCGAUAACGUACUGGAGAAUGAUUUAACGGAAAGGUCACCAUGCAGUUUCUGGGCCGUAUACUGGACACGGUGAGCUCCGUGUCGAACCUCUUCUCCAACCCGUACCGCGUGAGGGACGUGCAGCUGUCGGAGUAUAAUGGGAAAGUGCUACUGAAGCAGGAGGGGAGGAUGGCCCUGUAUAGGAAUCAACAGAGCCAGUCAUGGGACUGCCUUCUACUCUGUCCCGAGUCACCGUCCAUGGCUCUAAGGAUGUUCCAGGUGGCUUCAGAGGAAGACGCCAUGAAUUGGUUUCCUCAAUAUGCCCUCAAACUCCGCCCAUUUUACGAGAUGCUCCACCCACCACUUAAACCCGAGACGCUCCAGCCAAUCGUAGACUGUUUGCGGAAUCACCCAGACUGGAGCUCCGCUCACAUCGCUGUGGAUACCGGACUGAGAGACUGUCUAAAGCAUAAUUACAUUUUGAGCCAGAUGAAUGCUCGUAACGGUCAGGGUCAGACCCCGCUUCACCUGGCCUGUGAGAGAGGAGAUGUGGGCUGUGUGCGUGAACUGCUUGAGGAAUGCCAGGCACGCACGGACGUCAAAGACAAAAACGGAGAAACACCCAUGCACUUCGCCGCUAAACAAGAUUCUACUUUGAUUAUAGAGGCUUUGUGCGCUCAGCUCUGCGCGGGUGUGAACGAGCUGAAUGGCACUGGGGAAACGCCUCUACACAUAGCGUGCCGUCUUGGCAAGGUGGAGGCUGUCAAGGGCCUGCUAGGUGGCGGAGCCCGCUGUGACGUCAUGGGAAGUAAUGGCUAUCCAAUCCACACUGCCAUGAAGUUUAAUGAAAAGAGUUGUGCAGAAGCAAUUUUAUCUGUUAACCCGAAUCAGCUUCUGGCAGAGGAUCCUCUCUAUGGUGGAACGCCUCUUCACUGGGCCAAGACUGCAGAGAUGAGUCGUCUACUGCUGGGCCAAGGGUGUAACGUCAACUACCUGAGCAAGACCGGAGAGAGUCCGUUACACAUCCUGACCAAGAGGGGGCGCUUUGAGGCUGCAAUGACACUGCUGACACACGGAGCCAACCCUAAUAUCAAGGGCCAGGAUGGAAACACUGCCCUGCAUCUCGCCAUGAAGUUGGACCACAUGGAUCUGAUCAAAGCUCUCAUGGUGUUUGGGGCAGAUGUGGAGAUUCAUAACGACCUGGGAGAGACACCUGGACUCAUCGCUGCCCGUACCAGCAAGGGGCCCAACCGUAAGGUGCUCUUAAACAUGCUGUGUAGUGUAGGAGCUGAACGGUGUCAUCCACCCUCCUUUGACACCCCACUCCCCAGUUUCAACAAAGCUCCGCCUCCUGGCAUAGGAUUUGAAGACAUCAUGUAUGUGGCGGCAGCUGUUACAUCAAUGACUCGGGGAUUUGCAGAGGUGGAUGGACUCAAAACAAGAAGCGGGAAAAUAGACAGAUUGUUGUGCCUGGAUGGUGGAGGAAUAAAAGGACUGGUUUUGAUCCAGAUGUUGAUCGCUCUGGAAAAAGAGGCAGGACGGCCCAUCAGGGAACUUUUUGACUGGGUGUCUGGAACCAGCACUGGUGGAAUACUGGCCUUAGCUAUUGUACAUGGUAAAUCAAUGGAGUAUCUGCGCUGUCUGUACUUCAGGAUGAAGGAAGAGGUGUUUAAAGGUUCUCGGCCAUAUGAGACCGGCCCUCUGGAGGAAUUUCUAAAGAAUGAAUUUGGAGAAAAUACCAAGAUGACGGAAGUCACACACCCCAGGGUGAUGGUGACCAGCGUUCUCGCCGACAGACACCCUGGAGAAUUGCAUCUGUUUCGUAAUUACGACCCGCCAGCCCUGCAGAGAGACCCUCCGUAUAUGUCCACAGCAACAUUUCAACCCCUUACGGUGCCACAGGAGCAAUUAGUUUGGCGUGCCGCCCGUUCCAGUGGAGCCGCUCCAACAUAUUUUCGGCCAAUGGGGCGCUUUCUGGAUGGAGGGCUGCUUGCCAAUAACCCGACGCUUGACGCCAUGACAGAAAUACACCAGUACAACAAAGCACUGAAGGCACAGGGUCUUGAGGCAGACGUGUGCAGGUUAGGUGUGGUUGUCUCACUGGGUACCGGUAAACCUCCUCAGGUAGCAGUGAACUCGGUUGAUGUUUUCAGGCCUUCAAACCCUCUGGAACUGGCCAAGACCUUCUUUGGUGUCAGAGAACUGGGCAAGAUGCUUGUGGACUGUUGCACGGACUCAGAUGGCUGUGCAGUGGACCGAGCCCGUGCGUGGUGUGAGAUGGCUGAUAUAAACUAUCACAGGUUGAGUCCUCAGCUGUCUCAGGAAGUGAUGUUGGAUGAGGUCAGUGAUGCUGUGUUAGUUGACAUGCUGUGGGAGACUCAGAUGUACCUGUACGAGCACAGAGACAUCAUACAGACCCUUUGCCAGCAGCUGCUGCAGCUCUGACAGCUCAAACACUGAAAGAGAUGAGUGGAAGCUUGAGUGGUUUAAUAUGCAUAAUUAGUGUAUCUAAUAUAAAUAAUGUGUUUGUUUACAUUGGUGUAUAUACCGCUUAAAUCAGGGUUUAUUACAUAUUUAACUAAUUUAAGUUAAAGGAAAGAUGAAGUAUAUGUUAAAAUCUUUAAAUAUCUAAAUAUCUACUGAUUGUGUGUAUGUGUCAUAUACAACAAAUUGAACCAAGUUCAGAGUAUAAUUUCAUGGAAACUAACACUAUGUUCUGAUAUUUAAAGCAAGGUACACCACUGCAAAUCAUUUCAUAUUUCAUCAUUUUUAUGGAUACUUAAAGGCUCAGUAAAUAUGUUUGUAAUUGCACUGUUCAAGGUGACCUUUACAGGAAGUGCUUAUUUGUUGCUUCCUAUAAACAGGUAUUUUACUCCUGGAAAUCUCACUUGUAUAUUUAUCAGUUAUCUAAUUCUAACAUGUGUCUAUACUUGAGUCUUGUUACAUUUAUAGAGUAACUGAAAGUAACUUAAGUUUGUUUUCCGGAAAAUUUCUGGUACAUGCGUUGUGCGCAAGUAUGAUUUUAAGAAUUUACCAAACUGCAGGUGAAAUACGGCAUUUGUGUGCAUUGUCUUGUAUGUCUUUUGCUAUUUUAAGGAAAAGCCUUGUUUUGCAUUGAAAUUUUGUGUUACAAUCUGUCAUGUGUAGCAUCAUGCUUAUACUUGAACACUUUAAAGCUGCAACUGAUAAUAGAUCCAUCAAUGGCUUAGAAAUGUUACUGGUAGAAGAUAUUGAGAUUUUUUACAAUGAAGACAUGUCAAGUAUAAACUGAAUACCUUCUACAAUUUUUCAUUAGCCUUUUUAUAUUGAUAAUAUAUUUACCUUCUGUUUGUCUGUUAAGACUGACUUUAUCAUGUGUUGUUAACUUGAUAUUUGGCCUACAAAUCUGUUGUUUAGAGACCAAAGUGACCAUUUAUUUGAUUCCUACCCAUAACUUGCUGCUGUGGCACUGAUUUAAAACAUUUUCUGACAUGAAGUGAUUAUAAACCUUGAAAAAAUAAAGAGGAAAAUAAUGAUUCUAACUGGG